GUAUGUUAUUUCGUCCGCGUUCACAGCACGACACACACUCAUAAAAUCCUGUCUAUUCUCCACAAUUCCAUUACACAUUCCUACAUUUUCUCUCUAAAUCUCUCUAAACAAACACAACUUAAAAUGGGAGUGCAGAAGAGAACGUCAGUGCUGGAGGAUCUGAUCAAGAAAGCCGGAGGUUGUGCGGUGGUUGACGGCGGAUUCGCCACCCAGCUCGAGCGACACGGCGCUGCCAUUAACGACCCGCUCUGGAGUGCGCUUUGUUUGAUCAAAGACCCUGAGCUCAUCAAAAGGGUUCAUUUGGAAUACUUGGAGGCUGGUGCUGAUGUUUUGGUUACUUCUUCUUACCAGGCUACUCUACCUGGAUUUGUGUCCAAGGGACUGAGUUAUGAAGAAGGAGAGUUGUUAUUAAAGAAAAGUGUUAAAUUGGCGGUUGAAGCCCGUGAUAAGUUUUGGGAUGCUGUGAAUAGGAAUCCAGUACAUGGAUAUAACCGAGCUCUGGUCGCAGCUUCUAUCGGAAGCUAUGGGGCUUAUCUAGCUGAUGGCUCGGAAUACAGUGGAUAUUAUGGUCCUGAUGUGAAUCUCGAAAAGCUGAAGGAUUUUCAUCGACGCAGAUUGCAAGUUCUUGCAGAAGCAGGUCCAGAUUUAUUGGCGUUUGAGACAAUUCCCAAUAAACUCGAAGCACAGGCCUGCAUUGAGUUGCUUGAAGAAGAAAACAUCAACAUUCCAUCUUGGAUUUGCUUUAGCUCUGUGGAUGGAGAAAAUGCGCCUUCUGGGGAGAGUUUCCAGGAGUGCCUUGACGUAAUAAAUACGAGCAACAAAGUGGCUGCAGUUGGAAUUAAUUGUGCACCUCCCCAUUUUCUCGAGAGCCUGAUACGCGAAUUUAAGAAAUUAACCGAGAAGUUCAUAGUUGUUUAUCCGAAUAGCGGUGAGAUAUGGGAUGGCAAAGCUAAAAGAUGGCUGCCAUCAGCCUGUUUUAAUGACGAUAAAUUCGAGUUGUUUGCAAGAAGAUGGCAUGCCUUAGGAGCUAGCCUCAUCGGAGGCUGCUGUCGAACAACACCUUCGACCAUUCGUGCCAUUUCAAAGGUUCUAAAAGAAAGUGAUUAACCAGAGUUGUUGGCUAAGUUCUUUAAUCCAAUGGUUACCAUUAAUUAAUUAAUUAAUUAGAUUUUGCAAUUGUUCUUUUGUCAUAUAGGCAGGCAUAUAAAUCAAUUUUGCAAAGUCUUAUUUACCAUUCUUACAUGUUAAGUUAUGUAUACCCUUUUGGGUGCUGUAUCACAGCAAGCUAAUGUUUUUUUUA